CUCGCUCUUUCUCUGUUUGCUUGCGCGAGAAGGUGACGCCAAUCUUGUCUGACGAUUCUGUUUAUCCUUUUUUCGCCUAUUAUACUUUCGUAGCUAUUCCCUUUGUCUCUCCAGCGAUAUCGGUGGUCAUCGUGAAAGAAAAGGACGCACGAUCGCGAAGAUCGAAAGUAGAUUUCGGGGUGCAAACGAUGUCGCGGUGACGGUGUAUGUAUACAGUGAAACUUCGAAGAAAGCGCGAAACGAUCGUUUGGCAACAUUUUAAAACGUCUCGCAGCGACGACAGCCGUUAAAAGUGAUCGAUCGUUUCGUCAUAGUGAACGAGAAUUGACGGCCAAGUGUCAACUGGUGCGUGUUCUGGAUCUUCGAUUCCUUUGAGAAAGCGGUGCAGUGUCCUGGGCGAGAGAGAGAAUGCUCCUCGCGGAGAGAAACGAAAGCUCGCAAGCUUGAUUCGUUUCCGCCGCGUGAAACAAAUUAACCUAGCAGAAACUGUUCGGCGUCAAAGGUUAGAAUGUCGAGUUUCGUUCGUCGCGACGAUAACGUCUUCGAAGAGGUACGGAUCUUUUUAAGGGAUUCCGAGUUAUCUUGAAUUAUCGAACGGCCUUCGCCAGCGCAUGAAAGACUCCGCAUACCAACGUCAAACAUGUUUGGCUGUCCCAGAGAGGCCGUGCGCGUCAAAGUAAAGAUCGAGUUUUCUCGGAUCGCAAGGAUCGCACAGAAACUCAUUGCAUUUCGUAAUUGGAAAAACCAACGUUCUGUAAAAAUAAUUAGAACGUUGCCGUCAUCGUUUCACCCGUCGUUUUGCAAAUAUUCCUGCAGCGCAACGAUGAAAAUGUCUAAUUAAAAACAGUCAGAACGUAUUUCGCGCACGUGGAUCUAUAUUUGACAUUCGUCAAAACACUUCAAACAGAUAUCCGACCAUCAUAUCUGCAUGGUAAAUCACGUUUGCGUACCUGUGACGAGUUUAAGGGGUAUUAACGCUUAUUAACGUCGUUAAGAGGUCGAAUUUCAUCUGAUCUUGCGUCGAAUCACUUUCAGUUCGAGCAUCAGACCUUAAGCCUUAACCACCGUUCACAUGGUCAAGAAUUUCGUAAUUUUGAAGCUGUACUUAUCACGAUCAGAUAAACGAAUAGAAAAUUAUUUUCAGUGGAUCAUUGCUAACUCACAUUGUUGUGAUUCGUUGAAAUGAUCUAUAGAAAAUUAAACGUCGAAACGAUAUUCUACAUUAAUAUCGUUAAUUAGUAAAUUCGCAGAAGUUUCGAAUAAUUAUAUAACUGGAGCGAUGCUUUUAAUUAGAAGUUAAAACGAUUAUAAUUAGAGGAGCGUUUAUGCAAUCAAUGCAGUAGUUCAACCUCGAUCCAAUGUGUAACGUAGCCCUACAUUAAGGUGCGAAAGUUUCUUGAACCUUUAAUGUACCGUUGAUCGUUUCCUUUUCAAUUUAUAAAAUAUUUGAAAUGCUGAUUUUUAUAGAAUUAUUUUCAUUCAAGUAACCGCUAAUUUUGUACUAAUUUCGUCAAGCCCUCUUUAUAUGUACAUUGAAAGAAAUUCAUAAUCAAUAUUUUUUUCGCAAUCUGUUACGAAUGUUCCUUUUUUAUUGCUAAUGUACUUCCUUUGCUAAAUCAUGAAGCGUUGGAUCGUUUCUCUGGUCCCAUCGUUAAGCCCCAGCAAACCACCCUGUUCGAACAUGUUGUAUAACAUUCAUCGAUUCAGUUUGCCGUUUCGGUUUGAAUGCAAUAUUCGUGCACGACGCGGCUCUCGAGUUGUUGCUGGAAAUUCCUCGGAAUGCGAGAGAGAGAGAGAGAGAGAGAGAGAGAGAGAGAGAGAGAGAGAGAGAGAGAGAGAGAGAGAGAGAAUUAAAAAAGUUUUAGCGCCCGUAUUCAUUCCUCAACCGUUUCAAGGGUGGAAUUUCUACAUCCGGCGAAUCUCUGCGAAUUUCAAUAUGUCCGCUGCAUCGACGUGCACCGCAUUGCGAGCGAGCAUUUGCUCAUCCUUAAAUAAAAAAAGAAAACAAUGUUGGUCGUAAGAGGAUUUUUUCUGAAUCAAAAAUAAAUUUGUCGUCGUACAUUAAGCGACUUUGAAACGGCUUCGACGACACCUAAACUAUUGAAAAUGAAAUUUGAAAAAUCCCCAUCGACCUCUUUCGAUUCUAAUGCGUUCAGUUUCGACAUACUUUCCAAAAUGAAUCCAUUGCUAGAUUAAAGUGGAUCAUCCUGCAUAUCCAAAUAGGUCACACUACACACCAACGUUUUCCAAACUGUUUCAAUCACUGAACACUCUUCAUCGCGUAUUCCAAAUAAACGAGCUAUCGAAUUGCUCUUACACGUAUGCAUAAAUGACCAAAAUUAUGAUUUGACAAAUUUGAUAUAUAAGUCGAGAAAAAAAAUCGUAAACACUGGCAUUUAGCUGUUCAAGAUGUAUACGCCUCUUUAACAUGCGGGCAAAAUUCGGUUGCAUCGAUCGCGCUACUUGUAACCCGCUCUGAAACUCGAGGACCCACGAAGAACCGCAGAUUACCGCUCGUUUUGCUUGGAAGUCGUUUUUCCAGUCCGAUUAAAAUAUUCAGCUGGUCGUUCUUCGACCAACCAUGCGAAAAAGCGAAUCAGGAGUUCGUACGACGGAUCAAAGAAGAAAGCGUCUACGAUUACAUAAACACGUUUUACAAUAGAAUCGUCACGUUACAUAAAAGAGAUGCAAUGAUAUUACAUCAAUCUUCGGGCUUCCGCAACGGCGAUUUUAUUCUUGUGGAGGGGCUUCCAGGUUAAGCUUAAUUGAAUUCAGAAAUGCGAGACCAGACAUCAGCCCGAGUAUCGCAAGUUCAGCGUGGAUCCGCAGAUAACAUCUAUCGAAGUGCUUCAAAGUAUACUUAUCAAAGCAUUCGACAUCAAGGGGGAAUUUACCGUUUCGUAUCGGGCAAUAGACGACUAUGGAUCGGAAACAUAUUUAUUUCUACUUUCCGACUGGGACCUUGAUGCAGCAUUUAUUAGUAAUUGUGACAAUUCUUCGUACCUAAAAUGAACCACAGCGCUUCCGAGCCGUAUCUGUACCUUCAGGUCAACCUGAAACCUUUUGGAGAAACCGGCGACUGUGAAUGUUACUGGGAGCAGAAUGCGCAGGAAGUAUCGACGCGACAAGAAACCGGGUUUCCGUACAGGACGUCCAAGUUACCUGGCCUCAUCAUGAAUAAGAUGGAGAGGACGCUUAGCAUAGUUCAGCGUGCUCUGGGUAACUUGGGCGAGGAAUCAUCCCAUCAACAAAGCGCUCAACCACCACGAUUACCACUGUCAGACGCAGAGUUCCGACGAUUUAUGGAUCCUAUCGGACAAGUAAUACACCCUAAGGAAUUAAGGGCUGUUAUAUACUUUGGCGGUAUCGAGCCAAGUUUGCGUAAGGUGGUCUGGAAACACAUUCUGAAUGUAUACCCUGAAGGUAUGUCGGGUCGCGAGAGGAUGGACUACAUGAAGAAGAAGUCGCAGGAGUAUCAAAAUCUUCGCGAAAGAUGGAAAACACUUGUACAAAAGGGGCAGAACGUCGGUGAUCUGGGAUAUGUAACGGGCAUGGUGCGAAAAGACGUUUUGAGAACGGACAGGCAUCACAAGUUUUACGGAGGCUCCGAUGAUAAUCAGAAUACAGCUAGUUUGUUUAAUAUACUGACAACGUAUGCCCUGAAUCACCCUAGUGUCAGCUAUUGUCAGGGUAUGAGCGAUCUAGCCUCGCCGCUUCUAGUUAUUAUGAGGGAUGAAGCGCAGGCGUACAUAUGCUUGUGCGCACUUAUGAGAAGAUUAAAGGAUAACUUUAUGCUCGAUGGGAUAGCAAUGACUACUAAAUUUGCCCAUCUAGCGGAAGGUUUGCAGCACUAUGAUCCUGAUUUCUACGCUUAUCUAAAAUCACAUCAAGCGGAUGAUCUGUUGUUUUGUUAUCGAUGGCUUUUAUUAGAAAUGAAACGAGAAUUUGCUUUGGAUGAUGCUUUAAGGAUGCUCGAAGUUCUGUGGGCCGCAUUACCAGCGUCACCACCAAAUGGAGAACUUAGCCUCGCUGAGGUACCUUUUCCUCCACCUUCGCCACCUCCAAGCCCAAACGUAAAACAUAUUCGUGAAAAUGCGUACACGAAGGUUUGUGCUAUUAGGCGACAAAGUUCUUCCGCUAGUAUUGCAGCCACUGGGAAGAGAAAAAAUUUAAAUAUCGAGGAACCAUCCGUACAAUCUUCCGCAGAAACUAAUGGAGAUUCUAAGAGAUCGAGCUCUCCUUUUGAAACAUUCUCUGAGCCAGAAAAUGAUCUAACAACAGCGAAGAAUCGAAGAAACACAGAAUCCACGGAAAAGUGCCUAAGUACAGGUUCUCUGCCUGGUAAAUCUAAACGUGUAAAUUUACUGGAAUUGAAAGACAGAUUAUCGUUACCUAAUAAAGAUCAAUAUAAAUCUAACGAACAGAACGACAAUGAAAAAAAGUGCGUUCGCAUGGUAAAAAACCUAAAUGAAUUUCUCAAUUUUACGAGUCUCAAUCGCAGUAAAGUAACACCAAGCGAUACGGAACCAGAAUUGAGGCGAGUUUUGAGCGAAAGCGGGGUUAUUAGAGUGUUACGAGAUGAACCAAGUUCUCCGGACGAUCCGACAGAUUUCUUUCCAAUGACCACUUCAAUGACUAGAGAAUUAAGACUGGAGCUAGAAUCACUUGACCGACAAGUCUUCGGACCAUCGCCUCCUAGCGAUCAGCAAUGCGAUUGCGUUCUUUCUAAAAGGGAAAGUGAACUAAUCGAAAGCGAAACAGAUACAGAAUUAGCAAGAUGUAGUCCAGCUGCAGAUGUGUUUGUUUGGGAAAAUCCUCUACAUACGCUACAACAGAAAAAUCAUCCAGCUACUCCCGAUGAGCAAGCAGAACUCGAAUAUGAUGGUGAAAUAUUGGAAGAUCAAAAUGGCGUCAAAUCUGUUACCCCCAUUAGACUACUAAAACGUACAACUAGGUCUAAUAAUAAAUCAUAUAGAUCUGAAUCCGCAUCGGAUAGCGAAGAAGCGAAAAGUUGGCAUCAAAAUGCGGCGAUACCCGAAAGUCCAACUAAACAACCAGUGCAAGAACACUGUGAAGAAGCUACAGAACUUAUGAAUCUUAUUCCAGCGGGUACUAGUGAAGAUCAACUAGGAGAAAGUUCUCUACCCCCGCCUAACGAAUUCGGUGGUGGUAAUCCAUUCCUUAUGUUCCUGUGUAUUACUCUUUUACUUCAACAUAGAGACUUUGUUAUGCGUAAUCAAAUGGAUUACAAUGAAAUGGCCAUGCAUUUCGAUAAAAUGGUCCGUCGUCACAACGUUAUUCGAGUGCUCAAUCAGGCAAGGCAGCUAUUUGCCGGUUACCUCAGACGGCAUUCUACAUCGUCGUCAGCCACAAAGUCUGACUCCGUAAACGUAUAACCUUGUAAUGCCUGAAUGUAAUUACUGAUACCUUCUAAUAUGAAACGCGGAAUUAGCGACUUUAAAAUACAAUUUACUGAUCAAGACAAAUCAUGAAUAAAUAAGUCUAAAAUAUGUUUUCUAAAUCGGAAAAGAUCGAAAUGCAUCUAUAUAAUGAAAAAAAUAUCAGAUAAAAUACGUAUCAGUGAUAAACUAGGCAAUAAGAGAAUAAAAAAAACCUAUCCAAGGUGCUCUUCCGAGUUUACGUUUAUGAAAAAAUAUUCAUUCUUCUUUCAACCAUUUUAAAUAUAUACUUCCUUAUUUAAGUUUAUAUCAUGAAAAUUCGUAAUACCAGUUGAACAUUUAAAAUUUAACAAUAGCAAUUUUUAUAAUAUUUAUUUAAAUGUCUCUGUUUCUACUGUCUGUUGAUCAGUUAUCUUUUAAUAAAAGUUUAUUUUCUGAGAAAAAAUAAAUUUUUAGCAGAAAAGGGUUUACCCUCCCGGCGUGCACACACAUGCAAAUAUAAAUGCCUAUAUACACAAAUCUAAUUAACUACAAUUUCGUAGCACUCGUUAAUAUCCGUUCGAAAAUACUUUCACCACUCGCAUAGAUCCAAAUUUAUGGAAUUGAUUCAACGCGAAAUUUUCUUUAAGAUUCAAUAUAUGAAAUAUACAAUACGUCUUAAAAUGUAAACUGUAAAAACGUACUUAAAAUGUGCGAAUGGCACAUCGUUAGUUCCAUUCAUUGACCUAUGACACCAUUCCUCGCACUAUGCACAAUAUCAUUUGCACCGCGUCGACGAACCCUUUCCGCUGUACCUCGAUUUAGAAUUAAGUAAAUAGCAUAAAUUUGUAAAAUAUCUAUGAUUACCUUAGCAGCCGUGUCUUACUUUGUUCUCAAACAGUAUGCUUGAGAAACGACAAUAAAAUGCAUUUAAUUUUAUCGCUAA